AUGGCCGAAGGGGAGCGAAAUGAUCGACUGGUUGCCCUGUGCGACUGCGACACCGGUCGAAAACCGAAGAGCAAUACGGUAGCCGCAGUCGCUUUCGCCAGAGGCGUGACGGCUGCGGCGCGGCGUGUCUUGCACGAAUACAUCGCUCACUCGGUCACACCUCGACCUCAUAAACUAUGUGUAAUAGUACCCUAUCGAAAUCGGGAAGAAGAGCUGUCCGAAUUUGCUCCUCAUCUGAGCAAAUUCCUACGUGGACAAGGAGUGGAUCACUAUUUGAUGGUGAUGAAUCAAACCGAUGAGUUCCGAUUCAACAGAGCUUCCCUAAUCAACGUUGGAUGGUUUGAAUGCGACCGACUAGGCUGCGAUUACAUGGUGAUGCAUGAUGUAGAUUUAUUACCACUAAAUCCAGAAAUUAGUUACCGAUUUCCUGGCGAAGGCGUUGUGAAGCAUAUUUCUGCGCCUCAGUAUCAUCCUAAGUAUAAUUAUACAAAAUUCAUUGGCGGCGUGUUAAUGUUAACAAUGAACGACUACAAGACUCUGAACGGCAUGUCGAACAAGUACUGGGGAUGGGGACUGGAAGAUGACGAGUUUUAUCUGCGAAUAAGGGAUGGCUCAUUAAAUCUUACAAGGGUUGCAAACCUCUCCACGAACCGUUCCAAUACAUUCCGUCACAUCCACGGGGUAGAAAGGAAGCGUGACUACGCCGUUGUGACAAAGGAACAAAAGGCGAUGAAAAGGAAAAGGGAUCGCAUCUCGGGGCUGAACAGUGUGAGGUACAAUAUCGCCGCCCGCCGAACCCUAUAUUACGGUGAUGCUACAGUAAAUGUGGUUGAUGUCUAUCUCUACUGCGAUAUGAAGUGGACACCAUAUCUGCAAGUCAAGGUCUCAUCGAUGAACAAACGGAAA